AUGGUGUAUGACAGAGGUCGCCCUUUCCGUGACCCCCACGAGGGUGCUCGAUAUGGAUCCAGCGGCUCUCCGCGUUCCCGCUAUGCAUCGGAUGCAGUAAACUACACGCAAAAGCCAGGACCUGCCCGGCCUCAUGCUGUCCAAUCCUCUGAUGCAUUUCUCGCCGAUGACAACGUGCCAGGCAUGAAGCAGCUCGUCGAAAUGAUAUCGGAUCGCGUUUUUUGGUAUAUACAGCGUGACAAUGCCGACAAGAAGUGCAAAAAGUUGCGCCAAGAUGUGAAGCGCUGCCACAAUGGAGACUUUUCCAGCGCUGCCGAUCUGCUCGACGUUCAUUCAAAAGCUGCCGAUUUGGAAAAGGCCAAAUUCUCCCAACGCAUGACGGCCAUUGACGAUAAGCUAGUGGAUGCCAUGAGCGCCUGGUGUUCAAAGAUGGAAACGGCUGCACAAUCCAUCAACGCAAAUAACCGCCAUGAUCUUACACCACCUCCCAGCGAGACAUCUUCGGAUAUUAAUCUUAGUAUUGAGGAGAAGAUGUGUCACAUGCGCGAGACUGUUGAGGCUUCGAUGCGGAAACAAAUCACAGAACAGGUCCAGAAGCUGCAGUGUGCGACCAAGGAAGUUGAUGAGGCACGCACAACCGCUCUACAGAGUCAUACCAUGCGAGAGUCUGAGAAGCUCUCCCAGCUGCGUGAUAGCCUGGAAGCCUCGCUGCGGAAUCGAGUGACAGAGGAGUCGCAGAAGCUGCAGUGUGAGGUUAAGGAAGUAGACAAGUCACGCACAACCGCUCUGCAGAGUCAUACCAUGCGAGAGUCUCAGAAGCUCUCCCAGCUGCGUGAUAGUCUGGAAGUCUCGCUGCGGAAUCGAAUGACAGAAGAGUCGCAGAAGCUGCAGUGCGAGAUUAAGGAUGCCUUCGAAUCACGCACAGCCACGAUACAGAAUCAUGCCAUGCAAGAAUCUCAGAAGCUGGCCCAGAUGCGGUCAAACCUGGAAACAGUCAUCAGGAAGCAGAGCGCAGAAGAGUCCCAGAAGCUGCAAUCCAGAAUCAAAGAUCAGUAUGAGGUGCAGAUAGCCACAUUGAAACAGGAUCUUGCUCAAGAAAAGGAAGUCGCAAAAAACUUGCAAGACACUCUAUCCCAAGAAAAAGAAGUUUCAAAAUUCUUACAAGCCGAGCUGAAGAGUACGAACGCUAGACUGGUGGCUUUGGAGACCAAGAUCGAGGACCAGAUCAAGAUUUCAUCUCAGUCAGAUCGGGUCAUCAAGCAGGAGGCCUUUACAGACUUGGAGUCGAGGCUAGCCAAAGUUGAAGCAUGGCAGAUGGUCUCGAAUAAGUCAAAGAAUAAGGAUCCAGUCAUGGAUCAGAAGACCGACAUGACCAUUGGCAGUGUUCAAACUCAAAGGAUGGAUUCCAUAACAGCACAAAGCCUUUAUCUUGAGCUGGAAACGGAGUUGCAGGACAAAAUGACACACUUUCUCUGGCAGAGCGGCGAUAGAAUCGUACCGGAUGAGAGGGUUCUGCGCCUUGUGCAACCGCAUAUUUCAGCCGUGGAAGGCAAUCUGCAAAGCGAAUUCAGGCGCAUAGCCGACAGCUUCGGAAAGAUGAUUGACAAAGAAAGAGAGAUGUCUGAGAGCUUGCGUGUGCAGGUUGAAGCUGCUACGCAAUCGGCGACAGCAUCCGCUCAGGCCAUCGGAGACAUGAGAACAGAGCUUUCGGCUUUACAAACUACAAGCGAUGCUAACCGCCAGACUGACGCGGCAUCAGUCAAAAACCAGCAAGACCAGAUGCAGAAUCUUACGGCUUCACUGGCAGCCGCGAAGAGAGAAAUCGAAUCGGCAAAGAGCGAGCUGCAGAAGUCACUGGAUUCACUGUGGCUGCGAUCGACCAACAUGCAUGCAUGGCAGGAGAAUUUCUCCACUCCGCAACUCUUUGAUGCCAUUGUUCAACACUUGAACAUUUAUUUCGUACCAGAACAUUUGUCCAGCUUGACAAGUUUAAAAGCAAGGGUGACGAGCCUUGAAGGUCAUCUCCAUCUAGGAGAUGACAGCAACAAAAAAAGAAAACUCACGGAGCAUAGCCCGUUUCCAUCCCCAUCUCUUAUUAGGAGAUGA